AUGGCGUUGCAGGAUAUUGAAAUCGACCCCGCCCUUGAAAACUUUGACUACCCAACACCAGACAGUGAAGAUAUGCGGUCAGAAUACAACAUGGCUGAUCGACUCACCAUUGAUGUCGAAUGCCCGCCGUUGGGUACCAGUACAUGUUCGAGCUUCUCACCUAUGGACUCACCCACACCGACUCCUACCUCUCUUUAUAGUCAAGGCUCUUUGGCCUCACCCGGUUGGCAUGAAGGCCAUGGGUAUCCUCAUGGACUUGAGGCUCCUAGAAAUUCGACGCCGUUGAGAAGCAGUUUUCGGCUGGCUGAUAUAACAGCUGGAGAUGGAAUCAUGUCACAGUUCGACAAUGUCGACGCACACGAGCGAAUCCCACUCUUUGAUUAUAUUCCGGGAUACACUGAUAAUGUUGAACCAUUCUGGGUUCCGCAGGACCUGUCGAAGUCCUUUGAUCAGACUACUAACUUUCCUUAUCCGCCUCAAAUGGUGCAACCAUAUCCCCAAAUGGCUCGAAACUAUUAUCGAAACAACCAAGCUAGCUACCUUCCCGAGUCAGCAUCGAACCCGUGCUUAUCUCGCCCAAUCUUUCAGCAAAAUGAUCGGCUACCAAACUCCAUGUCGAUGACGAACAUUGGUCAAUGGAUGCCAUCGGCGGAUAUGAUGCAGCCACAGACUAUAACCCCAGCUCAGGCAUUCCCACAACCGAUGACUCCUCCAUCUUCAUAUGCCGGCUUUCCGGGAUCUGCCAACACACUUCGGACACAUACGCCUGUAACGCCAGUGCGAUCAUGCUCCAUGGGCUCUGGAACAGAGACGCCCAUGACUCGCCUUUCCGGCGGUCCGAGUGACCACACAGACGAAGAGUGGAUCUCGCCAGGUAUGAGGGAGAGUCUACGACACCGCCAACCGCAACGACAACUCUCUCGCAAAACACUCAAGAAGUCACUAUCGAAGCAAAGUCUAAAAUUAGAGAAUCUGCCAUCCAUCAUCAAACAAGUGCAGUUCCGAUGCAAGGAGCCUGGCUGCAAAGGUCGCUUCAAGAGACAGGAGCACCUCAAGCGGCAUAUGAAGAGCCACUCGAAGGAGAAGCCUCAUGUCUGCUGGGUUCCGGGCUGCAACCGAGCCUUUUCGCGCAGCGAUAACCUCAACGCUCAUUACACCAAGACUCACAGCAAGCGCGGCGGGCGGAAUCGCUAUGUCGCCACGCUUGAUGAGACGAGCCCCGACUACGAUCCAGAGUUCCGUGGUCAGUUGACUCCGGAUGGACGUCCCAUCUAUGGUUCGAAGUUGGAUGAUCCCAUCCCAAUGGAUAACGACAUGGAUGCCGAGUGGGACGAGUAA